AUGAAUUGUACGAAUGCGCAGAAGGUGCAGUUUGGUACCCAUAUGCUUGAGAAGGAAGUUGGGGAUUGGUGGGGUAACACUGUUCAUAGGUUUGAUGAAGUUGAAGAUGUUCGUGGAAAGAAAGAUGUGGAAUUUCUUGAGCUUAAGCAAGGUAAUGAAACCGUAGCAGAGAUCUAUGAUGAGGAUAGUAGGAAGAGUGAUGCCUAUUAUAAAAGUUUAAAUGAUAGGAAAGGGAAAGGUCAAUUUCGAGGGAAGUCAUAUGCUGAUAAAGGAAAACAGAAAACUGAUUAUUACAUGAAGCCAAGUGGGGGAGGAGCUACUAUUCUGAUUAAGUGCUUCAAGUGUGGUGUCAAAGGACAUCGUGCUUCUAAGUGCACCAAAGAUGAUAGGAAGUGUUUCAAAUGUGGCAAGAUGGGUUACAAAGCUAAUGAUUGUAGAGUUAGUUCGAAUGUAACUUGCUACAACUGUGGUAAACGAGGGCACAUUAGUACCAAGUGUGACAAGCCAGAGAAGGAGAAAGCUAAGGGGAAAGUGUUUGCACUAUUUGGUUCUGAGAGUGUUGUUGAGGAUAGACUAAUCUGA